AGAUAAAUGCCACCCGAUUCAAACGAGGAGCUGCUCGGUGUUUACCUGUUGCCAUGGUGAAUACUGGUGUCAGAGCUCCAUUGAUCGUGGCUUUCAUAGUCUCGUUAACCUGCUGUCUGCCUCUGAGGUGGGAGGGGUCGUACGGGUGAGGCUAUAGAAACAGAAAGACGGAGCAGUGGGUUUGUUUGGGUUUUUUUGAAGAACAUUUAUCACGUUCCUUCUGGUUUCACUUGUUUUUGUGCUUUUUGAAGGUUUUCAAGUUUUUUUCCUUUCUGUAAAAAAACAAAACAGAAACUCAGGUGAGCAGGUAUGGCAAGCUCCGCCCCUAAUAAGAUAACACAGAUCACACCCUGUUCACUGUAACAUACACACACACACUCCCUGCUGCAGAGGGUCACAUGAUACACUCACCUGUGUCCUGUUGCUGCUGAGCACAGGUGUGUAGGUGGGAGGAGUCACCUGGGGAGAAUGCGGUCAGUCAGGUUUGGGUCCUUCGACCCGCCCGGUUAGUCUCCUCAGACCUGAGCUGAGUUGGUGCCUGUGGGAGGUUUGCCACAGUACUGCUGGGUCGUUGCUGCCGUGCUGUGGAGGAACAUGUCUGUUAAUCUGAGCAAGAAUGGAGCCGCGCUGAUGGCCGCCUACGAGGAGGUGGUGAGCGGCAAGUCUAACACAGACUGGGCACUGUUCACCUACGAAGGAAACACCAACAACCUCCGAGUGGCACAGAAAGGAGAUGGAGGGUUGGAGGAGAUGGUGGAGGAGCUGAACAGCGGGAAGGUGAUGUACGCUUUCUGUCGAGUCAGGGACCCGAACUCUGGACUGCCCAAAUACAUCCUCAUAAACUGGACAGGUGAAGGUGUGAAGGACUCUCGGAAAGGACAGUGUGCCAAUCACGUGAGCACCAUAGCAGGUUUCCUGAAGGGAGCCCAUGUGACUGUAAACGCCCGUGCGGAGGACGACGUGGACCCAGAGACCAUCUUGGCCAAAGUGGCCAAAGCGUCCGGCGCUAACUUUAACUUCCACAAGCAAACGCAGGAGUACAGAGACGUUCCCAGAGGACCCGUGGGUUCUGUGUACCGCAAAGUCAAUGCUGUCGAGGAAAUCCAACAAAUCAACAAGGACGACUUCUGGGUCAAAGCUCAGCGGGAUGAAGAAAUGCGUCAAAAGGAGGAAAGCAUUCGAGUGGAACAGGAGAGGCAGGAGGCGGAGAGGGAGAGGAGGGACAUGGAGGAGAGACAGUCGAAGGAGAGGGAGAGGAUAGCGAGAGAGAGAGCUCAGCAGAUCGAACAGGAGAAGCUCCGGCAGAAGCAGCGGGAGGACGAGGAGCGAGAGCAGGAACAGCAGCGUCGGAAUGAGCAGCUGGAGAACAUGAAGAUGACGGGAAUUUCCGCUGCUGCCUCGGUGCAGAAAGCUAACGAGGCGAAAUCUCUGAUUUCUCAGAGAGCGUUUAAUCCCAGAGACAUCUUCAAGCAGAAGGAGCAGAGCUUUGAUGCUGGCGACACACCUGCUGCCUCCAGACCCGGGAGGCUGCAGAGUCCGUUUCUAUCGCAGAAAUCGUUUGAGCGAGACGUCCCGGUUCAGCCUCGGUUUCCACCAUCCUCUCCUCCAGCAGUGACCCCCCUGUCUCUGAUUACAUCUGCUUCACCUGUGCUGCCUGUCUCACAUGCUGCACCUGCCUCCACUACAGCACCAGAGAGGUCACACUCACCUGUGCAGCCUGCAGACGCUGGUUAUGGUGACGAAGACGAGUGGUCAGAUGAUUUUGAUGAAGAUGAAGCUGCACAAGAGGGAAGUCCAGCUCAAGAUGAUCCAUACAUGGCACCGCAUUCAGCCUGGAGUAACGAGGACCUGUAUCAAAACGUUUCCCAGCAUGCACCAGCAGCUGAUGGUAUUAAUUGGGAUGGCAGUGGACAAGGUAUCUGUGCCAGAGCUCUGUACGACUACCAGGCCGCGGAUGACACUGAGAUCACCUUUGACCCCGAUGACAUUAUUACUCAGAUAGAAAUGCUGGAUGAGGGUUGGUGGAGAGGUGUUGGACCUGAUGGGGAAUACGGCAUGUUCCCGGCUAACUAUGUGGAGCUUAUCUAGUUGUCAUUGGCUCAUUGUCCUGUUAAUUUUAAUAAAGCUGUGGGUGUUUCAGAUGGAUAUUUUACUCACAUUAACUUGUUCAGUAUCACUGAAUUAAUAAACCUUUGUAAAAACCAGUAAACAAUAAAUACAGUCAUUUUCAAGUGCAGUUUGGAUAUUGCUCUUAUUUUUCUUUUGUCCUAUUUGGCCAGUCUUACUACCGUAAUUAAUAAGAAGUAUAAAUUAGGUUCAUAUAGAGCCUUUUAAUAAACUCAAGGUUGCUUUACGCACAAAACUCAAAUGCCUCAGUGAACAGGUGGCAUUUCAGCCGAGACUGGGACUAUGGACCUCAGAGGGGGCCUGCAGAGCAUCUCAAGGAGGACACACAGCAUAUGGUGAUGCUCCUGUGUUCUUCAGGCAGUCACUGACUUUCUUACAAAACAGUUCUUAUAUUAAAAAAAGAAAAAAAAAAAAAAAAAGUUAAUUUGUCCAGAUAGUUUGGAGUCUCUGAAAAUGUGGGGAAAAACUGCUCUCCAGUCAGCAGAGUUUCAAAUAUAAAAACUGUCUUUGUCAGAAAAGUUCUUCAGUUCCCUGGUUUUUUAAUUAUUUUAUUUCCGUACCUCUUUUAAAUAUCUAUGUCAAUGUUAAUUACGUUUAUUAUAUUAUUUUAUAUUUAUUACAAUAUUCAUGUAUUGUUUUUUUAAUGUCCGUCCUUAGUUUUAAUGUUGUCAUGUUUCAUAAUAUCUGUCUUGUGUUUUAUUACCUGAUUUGAGCAGACUGUACUGUAGGAAGGAGUAUCAGGGCCACAUUAAGAAAAGAAAAGUCAAGUGUUUUGAGAAUAAAGUUGAAAUGUGGAGAUGAUCAU